AUGAGCUCGCAAGUUGCAACAAAUGAAACUGGUGCACAUCCGCAUGACUCCGGCAAAAAAACGGACGAUAAUGUUCCAUAUGCGUAUAUUCCGACAAAAGGGUCAACAGCAUUGAGUGGACUCGGUGCGAUCUCCAAAGAUAUAAUUAAUAAAUUUGUUGGAUAUGACAACAAUAAAUCACCUGCUAACGAAACUCAUACUGAUGAUAACUCAAGAAUCUCGACAAAACCUGUAGAUUCUAAAAAAAUCGAAGAUCCAUCAUCAAAAACUAAUAGCAGUGAUACUCGUAGCGAAACCCGUGGCUUAAAUGGCACCCACAGCGAAACCCGUGGCUCAGAUGGCUUAAAUAGUACUCGUGGCUUAGAUGGUACCCAUAGCGAAGCCCAUGGCUUAACUGGCACCCAUGGUGAAGCUCGUGGCUUAAAUAGUACCAAUAUGGAAGCCCGUAGCUUAGAUGGCUCAAAUGUUUCUGUCCAUGGCUCAAAUGGUAUUGAUAACGUCCAUCCAAACAAAAACUCGGCAUUUGGUGUUGGAACAAAUACAGCUGGUGCUGGAUCUAACGAAAUUCAUACUGACAAUCACACUAAGCAUCAUCAUCAAGAGCCACUUCAUCAAGAGCACCAUUCUGAUCUACAUAAUCAGGAACAUCAUCAAGGACCACAUCAUACUGACCUGCAUAAUCAAGAACAUCAUCAAGAACCACAUCAUACUGACCUACAUAAUCAGGAACAUCAUCAUCAAGGACCACAUCAUACUGACCUACAUAAUCAGGAACAUCAUCAUCAAGAACCACAUCAUCAAGAACCGUUCAAACAACAUCAAGAGCCGUUCAAACAUCAAGCCAAUAAAUUUUCCUCUCCUGAUGAUGAUCUAAAAAACGAUCGACAUAAUCCCGUAAAUCAGCAUAUUCCUGGAGAUAAGCAUAUUCCCGGAAACCAGCAUAUUCCUGGAGAUAAGCAUAAUCUUGGAGAUAAGCAUAUUCCCGUAAAUCAGCAUAUUCCUGGAGAUAAGCAUAUUCCCGGAAACCAGCAUAUUCCUGGAGAUAAGCAUAAUCUUGGAGAUAAGCAUAUUCCCGGAAAUCAACAUAUUCCCGGAAACCAGCAUAUUCCUGGAGAUAAGCAUAAUCUUGGAGAUAAGCAUAUUCCCGGAAAUCAGCAUAUUCCCGGAAACCAGCAUAUUCCCGGAAACCAGCAUAUUCCUGGAGAUAAGCAUAAGCUUGGAGAUAAGCAUAUUCCCGGAAAUCAGCAUAUUCCCGGAAAUCGAUCGUCUCCAAAUGAUGUAAAUAAACUAACAAAAGCUGGCGGAAAACUCGAUAAAGCUUAUGGAACUGUAGUGGAAAAAGUCGGGAAAAUAGUUGGUAGUGAGUCUAUGGAAAUUAAGGGACACGAACAUAAAAGACACGGAACGCUUAAAACUAAAGGAAUAGUUACUAACGAGGGGAAAUAUUAA